AUGCCAAGAGCGGCAAAGAAACGAAGACUAUCAAAGUCAGUAUCCUCAAACAAAACCCUGCAGCAUGGCAGCCGGAACUGGAUUGACCUUCCGGACGACAUCACCGCUUGGAUUCUGUCACGUCUGUCAAUGUUCGAUAUCCUAGAGAAAGCUCAGAGGGUGUGCCUGACAUGGCGCCGGAUCUGCAAGGACCCUCUGACGUGGCGCACCAUCCGCAUGGAGUUCGAUAUUCAUCUUCGCCAAAAAAAGACCAAUGGAAAUUUCACUUCCCACAAAAGAAAAAAGAAUCUGCGCAGAUUUCAUAACUUCAACGCACAUAAGAUGUGCGAACACGCCAUUCAUCUCAGCUUUGGCAAUCUCGUCGAUAUCAGCAUCCAGAACUGUGGCACAGAUGAGCUCCUUCAACAUAUGACUGAUAGUUCGAGGGGAAUCAGACGCCUCAGUAUUGUGUUUUCAGCUUACAUAACAAUGGAGGGACUGAGUAAAGUGGCUUCGAAGAUUCCGCUGUUGGAGGAUCUUGAAAUCUCAUACACACCAGAGAGUAGAAUCCCUCCUUUCACAAAGUCACACGCAGAACACAAAUAUCUUGAAGUGAUUGGCCGUUCCUGCCCUCUUUUGAAAUCUUUGAGAUCGAACAAGCACCGAGGUAUCUUUGAACCCGAAGACAACGGUGACGCAUUUGCGAUAGCCAGAACAAUGCAUCGCUUACAGAAGCUCCAGCUUGUUGGAAAUCGGCUGAACGAUGAAGGUUUCCGCGCCAUUCUUGAAGGUUGUCCGCGUCUUGAGUCACUUGAUCUCCGAGAGUGUGGGCGUCUUCAUCUGAUGAAUAAUACGGGAUGGCUUCCCAGUCUUGAAGAUUUGGGAACAAGAUGUUCUAAACAAAUUAAAACACUGCGGCUUCCUCACGAUUCUAUAGAUGACUAUGAGCAUCUUGCCAUUGAUAAAAUUGUUCACAGACAAUGCAAUAAAUAUCUUAGAUAUAUUGAUAUUAAUAUUUGA